UGUGUGAGAUUUAUUUUAUCAAUAUCAAGUAAAGGACAAAACCGACAAUUAGCAAAUUAGUUUUGUUUGUUUGUUACAAGGGUUUCGGGGUUUAUAGUCCAGCAGAAAAAAGCUAGUGUUUACUAAGGUCAUCUUUUUAGAUUCAAGAAAGCACCACAAUCACUUGUAUUUCACUCUUUCAUUUUUCUUUUGUCACUUCGUUGCCACUUUUUUGUCUUCAUUACAGAAACCCCUUUUUUGCAAAAUAGAAUCUUUAGGUUGUUAUGGAUGAAGACAGAAUUGGGUUAGUACUGGGUAGAAUUUCUGAGUUGAGGGUAGAGAUAACAAAUUGCAUUCAGAAAGCAUCAAUAAAUUCCAAGAAAGAUGAGGUAGUGGAAUCUGGAAAUGGGGAAGACAUAAAUGAGGAUGUUGAUGAUGAAGCAGUGGAUUGCUUGUUGAAGAUUAAGGAUGCUCUUGAAUCACUUGAAGCCCAAGUUUCUUCUUUGCAGGCACUACAAGAGCAACAAUGGUAUGAGAAAGAGGCAGCGCUGUCUGAGAUAGGUUAUAGUCAAGAAAAAUUGCUCCAAACACUGAAAGGGUACGAAGGCAAGGAUUACCAAGUCAUACACGAGGCAAUUGCUUUUGUUUCUGAAACAGUAGAAGACCACAAUGAUCUUCUACUUCCUCCUUACCCAAGCAGACCUUCUCGUACCUUGGUGUCAGACAAAGGUUAUGGUGCACACUUGCCAUCUGCACGGAACUUCACUCAAAAUGGGGUAACUGGUAACCACAACCACAAUUCCAGGAAAGAUGUCGAUGAAGCUAACCAUGAAAGAUCAGAGUCUAAAAGCCCGUUAAGAGUUGUUAAAUUCUUCGUUAGUACUGCAGCCAAGACAGCACUCACAGUUGUUGGCGCAUUCGCCGUCUUGAGUUUGGCUGGAUUCAAGCCUCAGCUAAAGAAACGGGAUAAUCAGUUCAAGUUCUCCAACUUGUUUCAACUGCUGGCAAACAGAGGGGAGGGAACAGUGGAUGUUGAAUACCCUCUGGGAAAAGUCCCCGUGGUUGAAAAUGGUGAAACUCGGUAUGUCGUGAAAGAGAGAGUUGAGAUCCCAUUCAAAUCAGUUGUGGCAACUCCAGAUGUAAAUUAUGGCUGUGGAUGAAAUGUUCAUUUUUCAGCUUUUGUGUAUAUCCCACAAAGUUUUUGACUCUUUGAACUCUGUGUGGUCUGACAAUGUAAUUUGUCUUAGCUUAGAGAAAGUUCAACCAGAAAAUAAAUAUCUCAUACUCUCAUUGUGCCUUGUUCCUUUUCUAGUAUGCUUAAUUUAGCAUUGUGUCUUGAGUCUUGA